UCGCCUCUCCCUCUCUCUUUCUUCUAUCUUCUCCGUCAUCGUGCUCUCUCUCUCUCUCUCCUCUUCCGGAGAUUUUUACUCAGGCGUUCUUCUGUGGAUCAAAGGUGAAAAAAAGAUGAAUCAUUGCAACCUUCAGCAGAACGCCUUCAUGUCUCGUGAGGAGAUGAUGGGAUUUGAUCGUAAGGAUCUUGUUGUUUGUCCUAAGCCUCGACGUGUUGGUUUACUCGCCAACAACGUUAUUCGUCCUCUCAGAUUACAUAUGAGUCAAGCUGCUGCUGAUUUGUGUGAUUCUAAAGCUGGUGCAGAGCUUUUGGAAAUCAUUCGUAGAAAGGAGGAUAAUGGAACAAUAGGGCAGUUACUAUCAUCAUCACCACCAUAUUUUCCUGGUUCACCACCGAGCAGAGCGGCGAACCCAUUAGCCCAAGAUGCUCGUUUUCGUGAUGAGAAACUCAAUCCAAUCUCACCUAACUCUCCUUUCCUUCAGCCCAAUUCGGCAACCGGUUUUCCGUCUCCAUCUUCUUCGUCAUCAUCGUCGUCCCGCGGUUGUGUUAGAAUGAAAUUUGGACUCAACUCGCCUGCAGUUAGAGUAGAAGGAUUUGAUUGCUUGAACCGUGACCGCCAAAACUCGAGCAUCCCUGCCAUGGCUUAGUAGACAAACAAGAAAACAAGUGUAUAUAGAGAUUCCGGAAUCGUUCACCAAUGCCUAACAGAGGAGGAUUUGAUUACUACUGCUGCUAUUACUACUACUACUACCAUUUUUGAAGUAAAUGAAUAUGUUUUUGUUUU